AAACAUUCAAUUGCUGUCAAGUGUAAUAACUGUUAAUGACACUUUCCAUAUUUUUUAGUCUUUGUUCCGGUCAUAAUCAGUUUGGCAUAUUUUAUAUGGCAUGAUUCUGCAGUCAUAUGUCUAAAACAACUCCGAAUUGUUACCUUUUUUUCACCAACAUGUAGCCAACUAACAACUUGCAGUGUUAAUAAUGGCCAAAGUUGGCGACAUAUUUGUGUCAGUUAUGAAUGUUUAUUGUUUAAAUAACUCAGUUGGGUUUUUCACCUAUCAAUCCAUAAAUCGUAGGGACAGUAUAGUAAGAAGAAUUGGAGGAAGUCGCUCUGAUCUAGUCAUGGCGUUUGGACGACUAUGUCUCCUGACAGUGCUUACUUUCGCAGUCUUUGGGGCCACAUCAAAACAAGAUCACAAGAAAGUUAUCGUCGUGUGCAGAGAAGGAAAAUGCAAAAACGCUCGGGAUAUUUCAUCAAUUAAUCUAAACUCGGAUAACGUGUACACACGAAACCAAGAAGGACAGAUGCAACGCGCCAACACACUGAAGAUCGUCUCCAAGAACUUCAUCAAGAACUGCAAGUACCAGGCUGGAAAAUACCACUGCGACACAACCGCAAUAAAGGGUUCCACCUCGUGCAAGAAAACAAAGAAGGGGGUGGUAUGUGUUCAGGGAUCUGAGGACCACAACACAGUUAAGGUGAAGUGCUGGAAGGUAUCAGGUGAGCGCGUGACUUGUUUACAAGACCGAGUGUGUGCUUACUCUCAGAAACUCAACCGCGCUCUGUGCUUCAACAAGGACCAGGUACAAGGAGACACUUGCGUGGGUCAGGGAGAUGAGAGAGUUUGUUAUCAGCUAGACGAUCUGUCGCAGAUAAAACACUCAGUUGUCUGUCAGACGAAGGAUGUUGCCACCUGCAAACUCAUCAUCAGGGAGUUUUGUCUUAGAAACGGGAAAUGUUACUCCAACCGGUCUGGAAAAGCGGAGCUGAAUAAGCGUCGUGAUAAACUAUGUGCUCGUUUGGUGUUGACUCAAGCGAUUGCAGCGAGAGUUGUAGUCCACUGUACGAAGCACCAUGAUGAUGCAAGAUGCAGGGUAAAAUCCCAAGCAAACCUACUGGGUCGACAGGCCGAACAAGCUAUCGAGGCUAAAUGUUCAGUCCCAAAGAACCUUCACCAAUGCAAAGUAACAGCGAUGGGUGUUUCAAAGUGCCGAGUGGAGGUAGACACGUGCAACUCUCUAAAAGAUCCCGCUGAACAGAGAAAAUGCUUCCGGGAAAUCUACGGCGAGUGUAUCACGAAACUUCACUUCACCAAACACUUCUGCCAGGGUAAGAGUAUGAACCCAGUGAUAUCCCAGUCUUGUUUAGCUGUAGAACGGGGAGAAAUCAAAUGUUACGUCAUGUUCCAGCACUGCAAACGUGCCCAGACCAAGGAAGAGAAAGCCACCUGUGAAAAGGAGGUGGAGUUGAAAUGUGCCUAUCUCAGUAUGCAGUAUGUGGAGUGUUUCUAUCACAAACAUGGAGGUAAGGUUGAGGGUGGUCAGUCUCAGAAACCUGCUGUAGUUGGAGAUGUAGGUAUGUGUGGAGUGCUGAGCUCUGCUCGGUCGUAUUGUCACCAGAGUCUGAUGUCUUGCAAUGAACUGGAGGGUGAUGCCCGGAGUCUCUGUUUUGAAGAUAUCAGGAUGCCUUGUACCACGGUUGUCAAGCUGUACCAACAAGGUAAGUACAACUGUGCUCAGAGCAAGCCGGAGAAGACCGAGACACUGAGCAGAUCUGGACGAAAAAGUGGAAAUAAUGCGGUCUGUAAAACACUUCUUAUCGGUACUGUGAGUUGCCUGGAUCAGAUCGAAAAGUGCCGAAGGGUGAAGGACAAGAAGGGAAAGGAGUAUUGCUCCAAAAGGUCAGAGAGCUGUAAGGGAAUUGUUAACCGAUACAAGCAGAACCAGAAAAAGUGUUUCAGCUGAUAAAUUUAGAAAAUACGAGUAACGGGGGGAAAACUGUUAUCACUCAAGAGUUCUCAGUGUUCUAGAAAACGGACAUUCGCUUAUCCGAACCAGAUUUACCAUUGAUCCUACUACAGUGACUAAUUAAUUGACAAAGUCCACCACGACGUUGUAUGAAUGUACACUGCUUGGAGACUUUUAUGCUUUCUAGUUUUAUCAAGGACAUGACAGCGGCUGCCUAUACCAUAAUGUUUGUUUGCCAAUGUACUAACUAAUUGGUGAUUUUCGUUUAACUUUGAUUGAUUUCUAAACUGUUUAGUAAGUUUCUGAAUCAUCAGGGGUUCAUUGUCAAAGCUGCGUUUUACUCAAGUAUCCACUCGUUUUAUAAGAAUUUCUAAAAGAGUAUUGAAUUUGACAGCUGGUAAAAUGUAGUACAGCUCCUAUACGAUGCAGCUAACAUGGUAGCAUGGACA